GAAGGGCAAAUGGGAAGAGUUGUCUGACGCACUGACAUCCCCCACUUCAAGGUGUAAUGGUUGGGGCUGAGUCCAUUCUACCUCCUCCGAUCUGCUACCAGAGGCUGUGAGAGACCGCAACAGCAGCACACUUAGGAGGCUGUGGCCUGUGAGGUACUAACAUCUGGCUGCUUCAGCAGCAAGGUCCAGGCCAAGAGAAUCUACUGCAGAGUGGCAGUCGGAACAUGGGGCUUCCCACCUGCACAACGGAGACAUGGAGGCAGAGGGAGCAGGGAACGUGGAGCGCGUAGCUGAGACAGUGACAGGGGAGUGCCCCCCGGUUGCGGAUGCCAUGGAUUCACGGCCUCUGUUCCAGACCCUGCACAUGCUGGCUGAAGACAACGCCGCCUUCUUCCAGGACAGCACCAGCGAGACGGGCCGGCGCUUUGUGACGGCCUUCACGGCCAUCCGGGAGCACGCCCGGUGCCUGGAGCCGGUGCUCAACCACUUCUCCACCAUCUACCACAUCUUCGACCUGGACGAGCACACGCCGGCCAACGGCUACCGCAGCCUGGCCCAGACGGUGCGCUGUUGCCUGGCCCACAUCAUCCACAAGAGCCGCUACGUGGCCGCCAACCGCCGCAGCAUCUUCUUCCGGACCAGCCACAACUGCGCUGAGCUGGAAGCCUACUGCGCCGCCUUGACUCAGCUCCGCGCCUUGGUCUACCUGGCCCAACGCCUCCUCACCCACAACCCCCCGGGCUACCUCUUCAACCACGAGGACCGCAGGCUCUCGGAACAGUUCCUCCGGGAGUAUCUGGCAAUGCACAAGGGCUGUUUCUACGGCCGCUGCAUGGGCUUCCAGUUUGCUCCCUCGAUUCGGCCCUUCCUGCAGACCAUCGCCAUCAGUCUCGUCGCCUUUGGGGAAAAUUACAAACGUCACGUGUCUGGCAUUGGUGUGGCAGCUGGUUCACUCUUCACCAGUGGGAAGCUUGCUAUUGACCCCGAGCUGCGGGGGGCCGAGUUUGAGCGCAUAACUCAAAACCUGGAUGUGCACUUCUGGAAAAGCUUCUGGAACCUCACCGAGAUGGAGCUGCUGGCCUCUCUGGCCAGCAUGGCUUCCUCCCAGGUUCGGUUAUCCCGGGCGUUGCUGGUGCCGCCACACUCCUUCGAUCUGCCUCUGGUUGCUGACCCCAAGCUGACUGUUACCAUCACUCCCCCAGUAGCCCACACUGGACCGGGAGCUGUCCAGAUGAGACUCAUCUCCCACGAGCUGCGGGAGGGACAGGACAGCGAGGAGCUGUGCAGCCUUAUGCGGCCGGAAGGCACCCUUGCCCUGGAGCUGCGUUGGAAGACCAAACCGUUGCCUCGCUCGCCUUACCUGGUGGUGCAUUUUCACGGCGGUGGCUUCGUAGCCCAGACCUCCAAGUCGCAUGAGCCCUAUCUGAAAUCUUGGGCUCAGGAUUUGGGCGCCCCCAUUCUUUCCAUUGACUAUUCGCUGGCACCGGAGGCGCCUUUUCCUCGGGCCUUGGAGGAGUGUUUCUAUGCCUACUGCUGGGCCAUCAAGAACUGCCACCUGUUGGGUUCCACAGCCCAGACGGUGUGUCUUGCGGGAGACAGUGCUGGCGGGAACCUCUGCAUUACGGUCUCCAUGCGAGCGGCUGCCUUUGGGAUUAAGAUGCCGGAUGGGAUUAUGGCGGCAUACCCGGCCACCCUCAUAGAGGUCUCGGCCUCGCCCUCCCGCCUCCUCACCUUGCUCGACCCGCUCCUGCCUCUGAGUGUGCUGUACAAGUGCCUCAGUGCCUAUGCUGGGAUGGAGCCGGAGCAUUCUGAGGACCCCACCCUGGAGAAGCUGAGCCCUGUGAACAUAGUGCGCCGAGACACGGCCAUGCUCUUCCGAGACUUGCGCCUGGGCGCCUCUGCCUUGUUCGGUUCCUUGCUGGACAACACAGGGAAGAUCAAUGGGGCAGAUGCACCAACAGAAUCGGUGAGGAAGAGCGUCUCUGAGGUGGGUCUCAAGUCCAAGUCGCUCACGAGUCACAAAGACUCCCGCAAGAGCCAGACCUGCCAGAACCUGUCCUGUACCUCUGAUGCGCCUCUGGACCCAAGCCCUGCCCCUGGCCCAGGCCAGCAAGCCAGCUUCUUUCUGAGUGACAUCGAACACAAGGCCACAUCCUCCAGCAACGACAAUGGCCUGACUUUUCCCGAUGGCUUCCAGCCGCUGCGCUGCGGCCAGCCGGCCUCUAGCCUGCCCACGGAGCUCUCGCCCAUCGUCAAGAACCCGUUUAUGUCACCUCUUCUGGCCCCCGACGGAAUGUUAAAGGGACUGCCGCCCAUCCAUAUAGUGGCCUGUGCCCUUGACCCCAUGUUGGAUGACUCUGUGAUGUUCGCCCGGCGGCUUCGGGCUCUGGGGCAGCCGGUGACCCUGCGGGUGGUGCAAGACCUGCCCCAUGGCUUUCUCAGCCUGUCGCAGCUGUGUCGCGAAACUCGCCAGGCCUCGACUCUCUGCACGGAGCUCAUUCGGGACAUUCUGGUUCCUGCGGAUCCAGCCUCUCAGCAGCCCCUGCCGGCCUCCUCCCUCCGGAAGCAUCGCAAGCUGGAGCGGACCUCCCUCACUGGGGCCGCCGAUCGAGGGGCCAACCACACCCCUGUGCAGGAGAACAGCGCGGGCGCUGCUGAACAGGCGGGGCCGAAUGGCUUGGCCACAGGGGGUGGCGCUACCCCCAACUCCGAGGUUGAAGCAGCUGCUGGCGCUCAGGAGCUCCGACAUGGGAGUGGUUCCCCAGGAGACCAGCAAAGGGAGUCCAGAGACAGGUCUGCACCCUCUUUGGAUCCCAGCCCCCCAGAUGGCACAGUGGGCAGGGGGGUGGGUGCCUGACCCCUGCUCUGCGUCACUGGGACAACUUGGUUUGAGAAUGUGUGGCGUGACUUCCUUUUGCAGUGGAAAUCCCUCUUGGUGCUUUUUCUCAGUUGGUGAUGCCCAAGUACAGUGGCCCAAGACCCCCUCCUGCCAUUGAUUGGGGGUCUCCUGUUGCUACCAAAACCUGGGGGUCACAUUGCUCCCAAAUAUGCAUUCUUCCCAUCUCCUGGAAUGCUGUUUUUAUACAUUUAGGGCUUUUUUUUAAAAAAAAGGAACUGCGCAGAAGUCUGCAGCUGAUGUCUCCUUGAGGUCUCGGAGUUUGUGUCCUUUUUUUCACACUCUCUUGCACAGCCUUCAAUACCUCUGCUCCUUUCUUUGCGCUCAACCACCCCUCCUUCCCACCCAUAACUCUCCAGUGUCCCCCGAGUACCUCCAAGGGAGGAUCCGUGUUGGGUGUGUGAUUUAGCACAGCGAGCACAAGUGGUCGUCCUCCCUUCUCAGUUUUGGGAGGAAGGGGAGGGGGACAAGCGUCGCUCUUCCAGGACUGCCUAGCGCUCCCUUAAAAGCACUGUGCACCCUGCCUCACUUGCACAAUAAGUGGUAAAUAGCCACUGCCCAGCUGACUGGACCACCACUUCUCAACAUUAACCUUGUUCUGGGGAACACAUUCCAUCGCACUGUGACCCUCCUAUACAAAUCUGCUUUCUCCACUACUGCUGCCACCUCGCACACCAUCUCCUUUUGCCUUUUAUUGUUGUUGCUGCUGCCAUGAACCAAACAGGAGGGGAGUUGAGAGGAGAUUGGGUGCUUUUCCCCUCCUGAAAAGGGCUAUGGUAUUCCCUCCCCACGCUCCUCCUGGGGGCAAAGAAGGGGACAAACUAUUUUUGUAAAUAAAAAAAGUCUGUUUGA